AUGGGUAAGAAAAAUAAGAAAAAUGAGGAUUACUUGAAUGAACUUGUAGGGAACGCUUGCUCUACAAAUGCAAAUAAAGCUGUAGAAAGCAGAACCAAGCCAAAUGAUUUGAUUGAUGCACAACAUGCUUUAGAUUCUCUCACUAUAUCUCAAACAAAGGGUGAGAAGUCAGUAACGAAAGGCAAAGGCCAUGAAUCAAGCGACAAAGAAAUAGCGUGUGAUGAUGGAAAUAAUAGUAUGCAUGCUGAUCCAUCUGAAAACAAAUCAAAUAAUUUUUCAGGAAGUGCUGUAGAUAAAUCAUAUGAACCAAACAUAGAUUCUAGCUUCAAAAGUCCGAUUUGCUGCAUUUUAGGGCAUGUAGAUACAGGCAAAACCAAACUUCUUGACAAGUUGAGACAAACGAAUGUUCAGGGUGAGGAGGCAGGUGGAAUAACGCAGCAGAUAGGUGCUACAUUUUUUCCUGCAUCUGAGCUUAUUAAAAAGUGUGGAAAAAACACAUCAAAGCUCCCAGGUCUGCUUGUAAUAGAUACACCCGGACAUGAGUCAUUUACAAACCUAAGGACAAGAGGAUCAUCCCUAUGCAAUCUCGCAAUACUUGUUGUUGACAUAGUUCAUGGAAUUGAAGCACAAACCCUAGAAAGCAUCGAAUUGCUGAAAGCACGAAAGACUCCGUUUAUAGUUGCUCUUAAUAAGAUAGAUCGACUGUACGGAUGGAAAUCCACAGAUUUUUCAGACUUUGAGAGCGCAAUUUCCAGACAAUCUAAGGGAACAUUUGAAGAUUUCGACAGACGAGUCGGAAACACAAUCCUGGCAUUUGCAGAGCUGGGCUUCAAUGCAAGACUAUUUUCCAAGAAUGAUGACAAAAGAAGGUUUAUUUCGUUAGUGCCCACAUCUGCAGUAUCUGGAGAGGGCAUUCCGGACCUUGUGUCCUUAAUAUUGGAACUGUCUGAAAAAUACAUGGAGUCGAAAAUGAAGAUCAAGGAUGAGCUGGAAUGCACAAUACUCGAGGUUAAGAAUGUUGAAGGAUACGGGACGACUCUUGAUGCUAUUCUAAGCAAUGGGGGUUUAAAAGAAGGAGACAAAAUUGCAUUAUCCGGGUUCAACGGAGUCAUAAUUACGUCUAUCAAAGCACUUCUUAUGCCUCAGCCAUUAAAAGAGCUCCGUGUGAAGAGUCAAUACACAUCUGUCAAAACAGCAAGGGCCAGCAUAGGAAUAAAAAUAUUGGCGAAUGAUCUUGAUAAGGCAAUAGCAGGAAGUAGGAUAUUAGCAGUUAAAAAUAAUGAAGAAGAGGUAAAAAGCAUACUUGAUGCGGAUAUAAAAUCAAUAUUUUCGUCAAUAAAGCUAAGUAAGACUGGUGUUCAUGUUGUUUCAAGCACACUAGGGUCCUUGGAAGCGUUAACAACGUUCUUAUCAAAUUCAAAGAUUCUUGUCUCAGGGGUGAGUAUUGGAUAUGUUAAGAAAAAAGAUGUGAUUAUUGUUGCAUCAAUGGCAAGCAAAGGAAAGGAAUAUGCAUCUAUAUUGUGUUUUGAUGUCAUUCUUGAUAAAGAAACAAAAGAACUGGCGAUUUCGAUGGGGAUCAAGAUUCUUGAGGCAAAAAUAAUAUACAAUCUUCUUGAUUUAUACCUGAAGCAUGCUGAGGACGAGCGAAAUAAAGUAAAAGAAAUACACAUGGACCAAGCUGUAUUUCCUGUCAAGCUUUCAAUUGUUCCAAAAUGUAUUUUCAAUGCAAGAAGUCCUCUAGUUAUUGGGGUUCAUGUUGAUGAAGGAGUCUUGAAGAUUCGAACGCCUCUUUGUGUGUUGAAGAAUGGAGAAACAGUCCAUCUUGGAUCAGUCACAUCUAUUGAGAACAACAAGGAAGUAGUGAAUAAAGCAACCAAGGGGCAGAAGGUUGCAAUUAAAAUUGAAACCAAGCCAAGCAUCGGCCCAAGAAUGUUUGGAAGGCAUUUCGAGCAGGAUGAUGCAUUAUAUUCCGUUCUUUGCAGAGACUCAAUCUCUACAGUUAAGAAAUACUUUGCAGAUGAACUUGAUGAUGAUUCAAUGAAGCUUUUGGUCAAAUUGGAAAAUAAAUUUGGUAUUUUCUAA